AACGAACAUAAGUUUGUAUUUCAAUACAGGAUAGCCCAUCAUUUGCAUAAUACGCCGUCGGUAAAGCGCAAAUAUCUAUAAAAAAAAACAAUUACGCUCAUAAUUAUACAAGAUCAUAAUUUUUUAAAUUCAGAAUUUCCAUCGAUCAUUUCGUGCAAAACUACCUGUCAAACACAUACAUAUAACAUAAAUAGUCUGGCAAAAAAACUAUCGCUCUGAUCCCGCUAUUGAUACGCGCCACUGGAGUGACAGCCCAAAAUUUUCCACAAACAAAUGUGAUUAUAUAUACAUACCUGAUUUUGUACAUAUGUAUGUAUGUAUGUCAUAUAUACAUACAAUCGCAUAAAUAAAUGCAUGUAUACAUAUACUACAUAUACAUAUGUAUGUAUAGUAUGUACAUAUUUAUAAUAGUUAUAUGCUUAUGUUUUUAACCCAAAAUUAGGCUUAUCACCAAGUGCAUUGUUUCGCCUGUAAACAAGUCUACACACAAACACUUGCACAUAUUUAUGCCAAAACUUAAUUUAUGCUGCAGCGCGGUAUUACUAUAAAUGCGGUGUUUAUCCCUAAGACGCGCUUUAGAAGGCCGAUAAGCGGCGAGGCGAACACAUAAUCUAAAAGAACAAAAGUGUCGUAAAGUGCAACAAAAUUAGUGAUUUCAUUUCAAAUAAAACAAAAAAUUUUGAAAAUAAAACAAAUUUAUUAAAAAAAAAAAAAUUUUCAAACAUAAAAAUUAUAGAAAAAAUUGUUUUUAAAGACAAGAAAAAAAAAAUAUUAUUUUCAAACAUAAAAAUCAUAAAAAAAUUGUGUUCAAACAUACAAAUAGAUUCAUUGCAAAACAAUAGUUUCAAACAUUUGCCGCCUGUGUUUCAAAAGGCAAACAAUUUUCAAGUUGCCAACACUCUCGCAUACGUGAAACGGCAUUUUUGCACAGUUAUUUGCAUUGCAAAUGAUGGACAAAAAUUUAACGGAAACAAGUGAAAGUCGAACUUUCGUAAAGAAUUCAUAUGUGAAAUCGAAAAAUAUUCGAAUUAAGUCGAAAUUGUGUCUCCAAUUACGUUGUUGUAUUUAUGUUGGUGUAAUUUUAUUAUUUUACACCAAUUAUCUAUGGUUUGACAGCGGCUGGCGUAGACGCGCGGAGAAAGCUACCCCAACAGUGCCUCCCAAACAAUUCCAGUCAACUAGACAGCUACUGAGUCUCGUGAGCACCAGCGCUAUUGACUUGGAGCAUUCACAAGAAAACGUGAGCAUAACAGAAAUACAUUACAACAACAGACAUCAAUCAAAUCGCAAAAAACUCAAUGAGCAUAAGCUAAUAACAACAGAGAAAGUAAGAGCAAUCGCCUCUUAUAACGCUUCCCGCGCGAACUUGCCGUGGGCCGUUAACAGCCCAAGCACAGCCACAGCGAAUUGCACUGCACCGGCGAUCUUGGAAUUUCCCACAGACGGACUGACGCGUACACAACGCCAACACGGCUGGAUUACAGUGCAUAUUUUAUUGGCGCUCUAUUGCUUUUGGUUGUUGGCGGUAAUUUGUGAUGAUUACUUUCUGCCAGCCAUCGAGUUAAUAUGUCAAGCGCUACAGAUGCGUGCCGAUGUAGUCGGUGCCACUUUUAUGGCAGUCGCAACAUCAAGUCCGGAACUCUUUAUGAAUUGCGUUGGUACAUUCGUGACAAAGGGUGAUAUCGGCAUUGGCACAAUUGUGGGCUCGUCUGUAUUUAAUUUGCUGGCUGUACCGGCAUGUUGUGGUCUCUUUGUGGGCCAAUGCGUUCCUUUCGACUGGUGGCCGGUAAGUCGAGAUUGUCUAAUGUAUUGCCUGGCUGUGAUUGCGCUGAUCUGCACGCUCUGGGACGGCAAGGUGAUGUGGUACGAAUCGAUGAUGCUCUUCUUGGCAUACUUUUUCUAUAUGGCAGUGAUGUACUACAACGAUAAGGUCGCUCGCUCAGCACGUCGUCUGAUCUCUCGUUAUCGCCGUAAACUGCGUUUGGUAUUUUCCUAUCGUAAAGUUAGUGAGCUAACGCCACUCCUUGGACGUCAGCGUACCUUCAACGGCAUUGCCAACAACUUAGCAACAACUUUUAAUAGCAUUAUUAACUGUUCUUCAAGCAAUAAUCUGGCAACAUUUUAUACACCUGAAUCCUCUAUACAACUUUGUGCUAGUUUGGAGGAUAUCGAAAGUUGUCGCACGUCUACGACACAAAAUGACAGUUAUAGUUGGACGGUAGAUGCCGAAGCAAAUUGUGUUAAUGAAACUGACUAUAACACAACAGAUUACACUGAUCUACCUUGGCAACGCGGUGAUGCUUCGUGGCUCUAUUUCUUACUCCGUUGGCCCAUCACUUUUUUGUUGUACAUAACGGUACCGGAUAGUCGCAGACAUCCUCAAGCUAAAUAUAUAGCAUUUGCGGCAUCGAUUAUGUGGAUUGCAGUGAUCUCCUAUGUAGUGGCCUACGCGAUAACCGUAAUAGGCGAUACGCUCAACAUACCCGACUCUGUUAUGGGGCUCACAAUACUCUCCGCCGGCAUGAGUGUACCGGAAGCCGUAUCCAGCAUUAUUGUCACGAAACAGGGACUUGGCGCUAUGGGCAUCAGUAAUGCAAUCGGAUCGAAUACAUUCGACAUUUUACUUUGUCUCAGUGUGCCUUGGUUUAUUAAAGCUUAUUUUUUGCCAAACCAUCCCGAUGAAAUGUGGGUUGUGCCCAAUUCUAAUGGACUCACAUAUUCCGUCACCUUUCUGCUUGCGUCUGUUAUUUGUCUCUUUCUAACAUUGCUAUUAAAUCGUUUUAAAUUGGAUCGUAAAGUGGGUUUAAUAUGCGCCAUUUUAUAUGUCUGUUUCAUUGUUUGUGCAGCACUCAUCGAGCUCAAUGUAUUCUUUGCUGUUAAUGUACCUAUAUGUGAGCACUGAGGGAAACGAAAGAGGAUGACAUUUUGAUUGGAUGAUCAAGUUGCCCGAUCUAGCCAACCUUGUUUUGUGAACUUUAGAUUUUGCACAAUUAAUUUUAUUAAUAUUUACCCAACAAUAAAUGAUAAUAAUUCGAAGCAGUAAAA